GUCGCGUACUGGCGGGUCUAUCGUCUACUACUUCCGUGUCCACCACACGCGAGACACUUAAAACGUAUUACAGAACACAAAAAGGAAAGACUUUUCAGUCUAAAUUGGCGGAAUAGGAGAACGUCGUCGCGAUGGGUUUGCUGACUAUCCUGAAGAAGAUGAAGCAGAAAGAGCGGGAGAUGAGACUCCUGAUUCUAGGUCUGGACAAUGCGGGGAAGACGACCGUCGUGAAGAGGCUGAACGGCGAGGACAUCAGCACCAUCCCCCCGACCCUGGGCUUCAGGAUCAUCACCUUGGAGCACAGAGACUACAAGUUGAAUAUUUGGGACGUGGGAGGCCAGAAGUCGCUACGCUCCUACUGGAGGAACUACUUUGAGCGCACAGACGGUCUGGUGUGGGUGGUGGAUAGCGCAGACCGACAACGCAUGGAGGACUGCAGACAGGAGCUCCAUAAGCUGCUGCUGGAGGAGAGGUUACUUGGUGCAACAUUGUUGGUGUUUGCGAACAAGCAAGACUUACCUGGCGCCUUGUCGGAAGAAGCGAUACAAGCGACACUGGCCUUGGAUGACAUUAAGAACCACCACUGGUGUAUAAUGGGAUGCAGCGCAGUGACAGGACAGAACCUUCUGGCGGGAAUGGACUGGCUGUUGGACGAUAUUGCUGCAAGGAUCUUUAAUGCGGACUGACAACGUGUUUGCCUUGUGUUGCAUCUGGUUUAUAAAUGUAAAGCGCAUUUCAGCUUACUGCAAAAAAAAACCAAAACAUUUCUUUGGCAAGUAGCCCACAUGGCAGACAAGGACUUUUUGAAAUAGAAAAUUACAUCUGA